CGAUACACAAGGUUCAGGGUAUGACGAGGACAUCAGCUGUAGUGUCACUGAAACACAUUUUUGAACCUGGCAUGGCUUACGUAGCGAUCAGUAGAGUGACCUCUCUCAGUGGACUGCACAUGCUGGAUCUGGAUGAGAGUAAAAUCUAUGCCAACCCAGAAAUCACUGGAGCCCUCGAGACCAUGAGACAAGUCAACUUGGACGACGUGAUGCCUCUUCUUCGUAUCAAAGAGACCUCGAGCAGACACGACACUCUGACCAUUGUUCACCAUAACACUGAAGGUUUGCCAUCGCACAUCAUUGACAUCAGGAGCCAUCAUGAACUGUGUCUUGCAGAUGUUUUGUGUCUCACAGAAACUCACCUUCAAGGCUCCUUUGUUGCACAGAGUCUCCAUUUAGAGGGCUACAACAUGUUCAAACGCAACAGACACCUGUCCUACACAAAUGUUCCACAAAUAGCCAACAGAGGUGGUGGUGGAGUUGCUGUUUAUGUGAAAAGCCACAUUCAGGUGCGUGAGAAACAGUACGUACAUAAUGUGACCGAUCUUGAGUUUGUGGCUCUGAAGGUAGAAGCCCCAGUGAGAGCCCUGAUUGCAGCUGUGUACAGACCUCCAGACUACAGUGUGAGAUCAUUCCUGUCCAACCUGGGGAGCCUGCUGGACUCAUUGGAGAUCAUGGACUGUCAGCCCAUCAUUGUCUGUGGUGAUUUCAACGAGAAUCUCUUCUCCAACACUGAGGAGGGGGAUCCGCCAUACAGCCGUUUCCAUCUUUCCACCACAGCAGGGCCUCCACUCUGGUACAGUAAAAAACAUGUCACUUGUCACAAUCAUGUUUUCUGUCUACAUUCCUCCAACAGGUCUUAAAAUUGUCAGGUAAGACCAAAAUCUACUGAGAAUCGUGUACUUUUUUUUUAACAAUACCACAUUGUUGUUAGUCUGGGAUUAUGUUAUCGUCAAUGUAAAGAAAACUGAAUCAUCUGGUCAAACUAGUUGUUGCACUGUAAUAAGAUUGUAGAAUGGGCUAAUUUUAAGUGUUCACAAUAUUGGAUAAUAUUAUGGGUCAUAUAGUUUUCCUGGUAACCAUGUUUUUUUCUAGCAAUAUUUCUAACACACUUUGGCCUGUGCAUUUAUCAGGGUGGGUUUGGUUUAGGGUUGAUAAAUGCACAGGCCAAAACUCUUUCAGCAGCUGUGUACAAUGUAAAAUGCAUUGUACAUAGCUGCUGACAUUUAGUGUAGCAGACGCACAUCAGAAAGUAUGUGUUCUAGGUGUAACACAUACUUUCUGAUGUACCUACCAGCUGAAACCCCACACUUCCAUCCCUAUUAAUUUCAUUUUAAUUAUCCUGUGUUCUCUGUAGUGUUAA